AACACCACUCCUUUUCAGAAGGUGGCGGUAGUGUUCUAAGUGUUGUUUACUAACCACCAAAAAAAAAAUAAAAAUCUCUCCGACGUUAGAUGGCUUUUUAAAACGGAUUUGUAUUUUUAAAAGGUAUUAUUGUUUUUUUUUUUUAAAGAUCUUUGUUUGAAGAAGUUAGUGAUGUCAAGUGGAGAAGAGCCAUACAUUUCUAGCUACUACUUAGAUCAGAAGGCAUUCCAUCUCUACUGCAAGCUUUUCCUUCAGCACUCAAGUAUCAUCCGGGAUGGAUGGAGUUGGGCAGAGGUCAAGGGAGAUAAUGAAGGCUACAUAAAAAAGACUGCUAUAAUACCUGGAAGAUUCUGUUCUUUGCUUAACCACAAAGCUGACGAUGGGAUGAAUACUCUAACAGGAACAGAUGAGCUGGAUGAUGAGGUAGCUGGGGCUUAUACAAUAUGUGAGAGUCAACUUUUAAUGCACUAUGAAUACCAUGUUUUAUAUUCCUUCAGUCAUCAAGUGCCUAUACUCUACUUCAGAGCAACUACAUUAGAUGGACAGCCCUUGUCCCUUCAUGAGGUUUGGAGCAAUAUUCACCCAAACUACAAAGAAAGAUUACUCCAAAGACCUUGGGAUACACUGACCCAACAGGAACACCCUUUCCUAGGCCAGCCUUUCUUUAUGCUCCAUCCUUGUCACACUGAAGACUUUAUGGGACCACUUGUCAAAAUGGCACAUGCCAAAAAAAGGUGGAAUUUUACUAGCAAAUGACCGUAGAUGGGGGUGAUGGUAUGCAGCCUCUGGAGAGGGGAUUUCUGUCCUAUCAUCUGGCACCAUGUCACACUCUAUCAAGGGGAGUAAGGCAAGCUUUACUUUCCCAUCCAUGGACUCAAUGGUGAGCUCUCCUACCAGAAGUCUCUAAUUUCCCACCACAGGUUUUCAGGGUGUAAGGGAUGGAGCUAGUUUUUACUUCAAAAAGAGUGGAAAAACUCUGUCUUGGUGAGAGACUUAUUACUUUGUUCGUCUAACACUGCAUACAUCUUGAUUGCCUUCUCCUUUCUCCCUUCAGGAUACUUUCACCAAGCAGAUCUUGGAACAAGACUGUGCACCAUCUGCACUUCCACAAACCUCUGUACAUUUAGAGGUAACUGAAGAUGGUGGGCUUUCAUUUUGCUCCCCGCUCUCAUCUCUGUCAUCCACCGCAUUCCGUCUGGUCAGAAGAGGAGGACCCGGGUGCAGAGCUGCAAUGUGUUUGUCACUGUUACACUCAAAACACUUGACAGUCAUUUUACAAUCUUUUGCCAUGUGUUGAGUAGACCCACAACAUCUAUAACAGAUGUGAUUCUCUCUGAGGUAUGAUUUAUGAUCUUCUAGAGUUUUGUUUCUAAAGAGCUUGCACUUUUCAGCGGGUGGGGCUUUUUAUGUAUCAGACACUGACGGUCCGGUUCUUCCAUUUUCUUCAACGCAGAACCGGCUUGGAUGCCUGAUGACUCUGAAGGGAUGUCAGUUUUAUGUACAGCCACAAACCCUUUACCACUGUACGGUACCUUAUAGGCUUUUUGAUCCUGGAAAUGACAUGACUGCUGUUGGAAGUUAUCAUGAAGCUUGGAUAGUUUUUUAUCUUUGUCUGUUGUUUAACGAACCUUGAGAAGACAGAGAAGGGAGGAAAGGCCACUCUAUAAUCCUCCUUAAACUUGCUUUCAAAGCUGAUUCAUUUCUCUUGGAGGUUAUAAGGGAGCUUUUCCACCAUUUGUUUCACCCCACGAGCUGUAUCCAAAUAUGAGAGCCCAGACAGUGCACCAUCUUGCUUGGCACACUCCAAUUCACAAAGAAUGUCACUUAGCUCUCUCAGCUUAACAGUAUCUCUAUUAGUCAGCCUCGGAAAGUUCUCAAUCUUUUUGAGCAAUACAUCUUCAAUAACCUCGGGAGUCCCAUAACACUCUUCAAGACGUUGCCAAACCAUGGCCACGCCUGCAGCAGGAUUGAGGACGUGCACUGCACGGAUUCUCUUUGCCUGUUCUGAUGAUUCAGCUCCCAGCCAUUUGGUUAACAGGUCUAAUUCUUCCCUGGCUGAAAGGUUCAAGUCUUUCGUGGAACUCAGAAAAGAGGCCUUCCAUGCCCAAUAAUUUUCUGGUUUGUCGUCAAAUUGCAGAAGACCAGCACUAACAAUCUCUCUUCUGAUGAGAUAUCUUGCAAAGUCUUGUGCACCUUUAGACUCAGGUAAGUACUCUCUUUCAUGAUUAGCUGUGUGCUGAGUACCAGAAGAAUAAGUGUCACUCAGACCUAUAUUCCUUGUUGGUUCUUUUUUUAUAUCUCUGUAAACUGGCUGUGUGUUUCUUUGGAUGUCAUGAGAAACUCUAUGCUUAGUGUCCAGUAUUUCCUGUUCAUCCCUUUUACUUUCAUGUGUCUCCACGA